UCAAAAUUUCUCCACCUUUUAAAAUUAACAUCGCAAAAAUCACUCUUAACGACACCGUCUUCAUGGAGUCGAAGAAGGAGGUGCUGGAGAAGAGUGUUAUGGAGGUGGAUAGUGGAGAGUCGUCGACGGAAGAGGCGGAGCCGGAGUCGCCGAGGUCCGUGGUGAUGGAGAUGAAGAAGAAAGUAGAGAGAGUUCAUAGUCAGAUUUUGAGGAUAAGAGAGGAAGAAUCGCAUCUUGGAGAAGAUUUUGUCGGCGGAGAUAAGAAGAAUAAGAACGACGUCGUCUGUGGAGGAGGUGGUGAAGAUUUUCAUGAAAAACGACGACGUCUUGUUAACGUGGUAGUUGUUUCGAGACCCGUCUUGCCUUGUUCGCCUCUCAGCGGCAAGAAUAACGUUAGAAGGCCUUGGACUGAAGCGACUCCAUCAAUCAAUCAAUCAAUCAAGGGAGUUUUAAGAGAAGGGUAAGGUAGCCUAGCAUGGGGGAAGAGUCGCAGUUUUUAGCUUAGUUUGGAAACGCUUGAAGAUUUUUUUUUUAAUUAAGCUUUAGUUUUUAUUUUUUAAUUAGGGUUUAGAACAUGUACAGGACAUAAUUGAAUGUAUGAUGGAAUCAUUCUACAGCUUAACAAAAAGUAGUGUAAUAAUAUUUUCCUUUUUCUCUUGUUUUCUUGUAAAAAUUUUCUAUGUUUCUUGUUCUUAUCAUUAUAAUAAUAAAUAAAUAAAUAAAUAACUUUUUUCGGUAGAUAAUAAUAAAAAUGAUAAUCAUGCUAUCCAUCUAAAUUGGAUAAAGUUUAGAAUAAAAUUAUUGAUGGGGUUUUAAGCCUUUAGUUAACAAAUGAAGUUUAUCUUAGAGUACCAAUAUUAAUCUUAACUCAUUUAUCCUA